AUGGCCCUGAUCAUUCUCAUGAUCUUAUGGACGCCGACCCUGCGUUGCUCUGAGGAGUUUGAGACGCUGGAGUUUUUCGCGGGGCGCGGAAACUUGAGUAGGUGUAUGAGACUCUCUGGGCGAAAAACUUGUAGCUUCGAUAUCCUCUACAAGUCAGGAAAGGGGCGCUCAAGACCAUAUGGAAGCAAUGCUAUGGACAUCAACUCAACUUCGGGCUAUGCGCUUUGCAUCCUUGCCUUGCUUUGCACAAAGAUCCGGUUUCUUGCGACCUACGCGAUCAAGUGUGCAAGCUGGACGGCUGUGAACCGGGGAACGAGUGGGCGAUCGGCUUGUGCUAGCAUUGGCCAUGAAGGUUUUGCUAGUGUUGACAAUUCAAACACGAUGGCAAGCAGGACCUGCCUACUUUGUUUGUUGACAACGGCAUUGGGGGGAACAUGGGCAGUGGAGCAACCAGAACUAUCAGUGCUAGAGUACUUUCCACCUUUCCUUGCACUAUUAACUGCUUUGUACAAAGCUUAUGGUGAAACCGCUGUAUACAGAGCCAAGUGGUAUAUGCUCCACUACGGAUCACUGACACCAAAGCCCCACUACGCGUGGUGCAACAGCAACGCAAUCCAGGGGCUCAACAUGGGCCGACUGCUUGGGUGGAAGAAGCGGCUGGCUUUAGGUGAUAUCCCCAAAGUCAAAACCUGUGAGACUUACAAGGACAAGAAUGGAAAAACCCGCUAUAAAGGAACGGCCGCAUUGCGGAAAACCGAGGAGUAUCCUGUGAGAUUCGGAUUCAAGCUUGUGGACUUGUAUGAUGAUCUGACUACGUCGAGUCGUGGCCGUGCACCUUUCCCAAGUGACCCAGCUGGGAUUCCAAGCGCACCUGAAUCGUUCAGGCGAAUGCCAGAAGGUGGCCACGCCCUUCAGUUUGCACAGCUGGACCAAGUGUUUAAUUAUUUACGCCGGGGAAAACAUAUGGUUAUUCCCAAUGAGUGGAAGGACCUGGUUCCCAAACCCAAAUGA